AUGUCGUCGGAUAGAGACAGAAACAAUGAACAGUCAAGUAUCACAUUUCAUUAUGCUCCAUUUAAUAUUAAUUAUACGACUUCUUCUAAAUCUAAAAUAAUCUUAUCGAAACAAUCAACUUGUUUAAAUGAAUCAUUGAAUGAAACUUCAAUUUACGGUUCAAUAGAACAUUUUCUCUCGUUACGAUAUGAUUUAUCGAAUAAAAAAACUCUUUCCAAACAAGUCAAACGUUUUUAUGAACGUCAAAAUGCUAUUAUUGAUAAAUAUGCUGACGUUCUCAAUCAUAAAAAACAAUUGAUUGAUCAAACAACAAUUAAUCUUAAAAAACGUGUUCAAAUUCUUACAACUAUUUCACUUGUUAUUAAUAUUUGUUUAUUUUUUAUUAAAAUUAUGGCUUCAGUUCUAUCUAAUUCAUUAUCAAUUAUUUCAAGUGUUAUUGAUUCAGCAGUUGAUCUUGUUUCAAGUAUAAUUCUAUUUUGGACAGCACGUGCUAUCCGACAUCGAAACCAAUAUAGAUAUCCAGCUGGACGAAAACGACUUGAACCAGUUGCUAUCAUCAUACUUUCUGUUAUUAUGUGUUCAGCAUCAAUACAAGUACUUUCCGAAGCUAUUAAACGAUUGUUUACUGACAUUCAAUAUAUUACAAAUCAUACAAAUGAAAUGCCUGAAGUGAACAUGAAUAUUAGAAAACCAAUUCCAAUUAUUGUUAUGUGUAUAACGAUUGUACUCAAGAUCAUUCUAUACUUUUGUUGUCGUCAUGUUCCAGUCGAAACAAUUAAAGCAUUAGCACAAGAUCAUCGUAAUGAUGUUUUAUCUAAUUGUGUAGCACUCAUUUCUGGCCUUUUGGCUGGUCAAGCUGUUUUAAAACAAAUUGAUCUACGAUGUAUUGUAAUUGAUCCAAUUGGAGCAAUAAUCAUUUCAAUUUAUAUUAUUAUUUCAUGGGUUCUUCAAGCUACUGUACAUAUUCGUCAUUUAACUGGUAUAACUGCUGAUCCAGAUUUUCUAAAAUUAAUAACUUGGAUUGCUAUUCAUUUUUCACCACAUCUUACAAAAAUUGAUAUGGUAAAAGCAUUUCAUUUUGGUACUGAUCUUUUUGUCGAAGUUGACAUUGGUUUACCAGGACAUAUGCAAAUUCAACAAGCACAUGAUAUUGGUACAAAUUUACAAAUGAAACUUGAAUCAUUAUCUGAAAUCGAACGUGCUUUCGUUCAUAUUGAUUAUGAAUUUGACCAUAAAGCUGAUGAACAUAAACAAAUUUAA